GCUUUCCCGGCUGAUUUCCGCCAAACGAUUCAACAGAACUGGCCGUGGCCGUAUUGACCCUCGAGGGCAGGUGCCAUUCAAGAAAGAAGAAGUUCAACAGCUAUUCGUGUAAAUUACAUGAAUAUGUUGAACGCUGUUGAACGAAAGUGAUUUGAGCUUACAAAAUAAUAGAAGCGACAAUACGUAGGCGUUUAAUCUGGAUCGUGUGAUUAUUUUCAAUUGUUUUCAAUUGAGAUUUUGUCCAAACGACACAUCUUGAUUGUUAUUCUCUAUUGAAUUAUUAAAAUCGGAUAAGAUGGAAUCAGUCACUGAUAUCGGGACGAUCGCUUCUAAAGAGAAGAUCAGAAAACCUUUGCAAGUAUUACAACCAACAGCCACUGGUAAGGAAACAUUAGUUGGCACUAAUAGGAUUCUUAGAUCUGUGCAACAACCAAAAAGAAAGAUAAAAAGGAAUAUGAUCAAAACAACAAAAAAAGAUGCUUCUAAAAUUACAACCGAGAACAAAGCUACCCAAACCGCACAAGAAGAGAAAGUAAAAAUUGAAGCCGAGGAUUUAACAUCAGACAAUCCUAGUGAUAACUACUUGCAAGUCUUGGCUGAAAGGCGAAGAAUGGUACUUUUGGAUACUUUAGAGGAAAAUAAAAAACUUUACCAACGCAUUGAAAAAUUAGAAGAAGAAAAUCGUAUAUAUAAAGAGAUGUUGGAUGAGACAAAAACAUUGAUUGAAGUACUACAGGAGGAGAUUGAUGAUAGAAAUGACAUAAAUAACUCGUUAGAUGACAGCACUCUUUGAUUUUCUUAAUCAUAAGUUAGCUCCUUGACUUUCUUAAUUAAAAGUGAUAAAAAAAGAGAAUGAUAUACUUUAAUAAUUUUGUAUCAGUAAUAAUUUAUUAAAAGUAUUAAUUUUUUAUAUAGCAUUUAUUAAAAAUAUUAAUUUCUUAUACAGUA